AUGACGUCCCCGAUUGCGGUGUUUGCUAUCCCAGCUGUGGUUUUUGCACUCCUGCUGCGGUUCAUCGUCCAAUCUUUUCGCUCUCCACUACGGACUGUUCCAGGCCCUACUGCCGCCCGAUUCACAGAUGGCUGGUACUUCUGGAAGGUUUGGAAGGGCUCAUUCCAGGACGUAAACCUGGAUCUGCACAAGAGAUACGGAACUAUUGUACGAUAUGGGCCCAACCGAUAUAGUUUCAACGAUCUCGAGGCAGCCAAGACAAUCUACGGUCUGGGCACUCACUUCCCAAAGUCGUCGUGGUACUCGGCCUGGGCAAGUCCCGGCACAUGGGCCAUCUUCAGCGAUCAAUCAGUGAAGCGCCAUAACCAGAACCGAAAGCUGUACCAAGCGACAUAUGCAAUGUCCUCCCUUGUUCACUACGAGCCCUUCGUCGAUGAUUGCGCCGACAUCUUUACUCAACGUCUAUCCGAAAUGUCCAGCACCUCGACUCAUCUACCUGUCGACAUGCGACACUGGUUCCAGUGCUACGCAUUCGAUGUCAUCGGCCUAAUCACAUAUGCAAAGCGUUUCGGCUUCCUAGACAGUGGAGACGAUGUUGGUAAUGUCAUCGGUGCUUUGGAAGACCAUUUGGGUUAUGCGACCCUCGUUGGCAUCUUCCCGAGUCUGCACAAGUACCUCUUCAAGAUCAGGAACUGGCUUGCCGGAGGAAAGGGAACCGGACGCGUAUACAUCUUGAACUUCACAAACGAGAGGAUUCGUCAAGCCCAGGUAGCUCCCAAGCCUGUCGCCGCAGAGAGUGAGGUUACCAUGGAAGACUUUCUCACCAAAUUUCUGGCUAAGCAUGCUGCCUCACCAGAUGUCUUUACUCAGUAUCAUGUUCUCAUGGGAUGUACAUCGAAUAUGGUCGCGGGCUCAGAUACAACCGCAAUCAGUCUCUCAGCUGUUCUGUACUAUUUGCUGAAGAACCCGGAUUGCCUGCAGAAGCUGAGGGCCGAGAUCGAUGACUUGACAGCACGAGGAGAACUGUCGAAAUCUCCCACCUUCAAGGAAAGUCAACAGAUGGUCUAUUUCCAGGCUGUUAUCAAGGAGGCACUACGAAUGCAUCCCGCUACAGGUCUCCCACUCGAAAGAGUUGUUCCCGAGGGCGGCGCAACGAUAUGCGGACGAUUCUUCCCAGAAGGAACUAUUGUUGGUAUCAACACAUGGGUAGCGCAUCGUGAUACUCGAGUGUUUGGCCAAGAUGCGAACUCCUUCAACCCCGACAGAUGGCUCACUGCUGAGAGUGAGAGACUCUCCAUGAUGAACCGUUACUAUAUGCCUGUGAGAUUCCUCUACUAA